UCUGCCAGUCUGAGGAAGCAGACAAGCCUCUCUGCUUUCUUCACCACCUAUCCGUCCCUCUCCUGUGCUCUUCUUUGUUGUCUAUGGCUGCCUGUCUCCUCAUCUCAGCCCUAAAUCAUCUCUGCGAAACAGGACAAAGAGAAAAAGGAUUUUUUUCCCCUUGUGUUUCCUCUCUUCUCUCACUUCAGCACUCAUUCUUAUUUCUGCUUUGGUCCCUCAUGUUUAUCUUCUUCCCUUCAUCUCCAUCCACCCCUACGUCUUUUAAACCCUGAGUCUUUGCCCCUUUCUAUUCUCGUUUCUUUCUGUGCCUCACAGUGGAACUAUAUUUUCAACUGAAACCCUGGAGUCUUUGCAGAUGUCCGCAACCCGGCGCUGAAACGGGUGCUUACCAGCAGCCCAGAUGCAUUUGCCACUCCUUGUGAUGUCCUUGUUAUGUGAAGUGAUCAGGAUGGGGUCCGGCAUCAUGCAGAAGCAAAGUGCUCAGAGAGAAACAUCAGAGGACUGUCGGAGCUGUUUGGAGUGUUCCCGGGACAACGGCUGCGUGCGUUGCCCAGAGCGACUCUUCCUGUUCCUGCAGAGGGAGGGGAUAUCUCACCAUGGAACUUGUCUCCACGCCUGCCCUGCAGGACACUACGGACAGAGAGGAAAGGAUGUCAACCGCUGCAUGAAGUGCCGUUCUUCAGACUGUGAGCAAUGUUUCAGCCGGGACUUCUGCACCAAGUGUAAGCCUGGCUUCCAGCUUUACAAAGGCAAGUGUCUGACCCACUGCCCAGAGGGAACUCGUCCCCACCAGACAGACUGCCUUGAAAACUGUGUCCUAGCUCCACUAGGAGAGUGGAGUGAGUGGAGCGUCUGUCUCCGGGAUGGCGUCACCUGUGGUUUCAGGUGGGGUAAGCAGACGAGGACUCGGGUGGGUGGCCAGACUGGGAAAACGCCUGACGAUAAAGCAACACCAAUCUGCCCACCUCACAGCGAGACACAGAGAUGCAGGAUGAAAAAAAAGUGUACCACAGAAAGAAGACAGAAUAAAAAAGGAGGACUUGGAAAGAAGAAGGAGCGAAAACGGCUACGACUGCACACCAGCGACAGCGUUGGCAACUCAAGAAACAGAACAACCACAGGGGAGCAAAGACAUCAUGGAGAUCCCUGA